GUCCUUCUCCGAACAAAAUAUUACAAACUCAGGACCGAUUCAUCUAUUUUCGUUGGCUAUUGCAUUUGCAGCAUCCAAUCUUUUUGCUUUAUGCUUGCCGCAUUCUUGUCUCUUCCACAUUUGUUAUCCCUACCGCCAUUAUCGAUGUACUGAGCUUCUGAUACAUUUGAUGUCCAAAAGAAAGUCAAAACCCCCAAACUUCACUUUGAAAAUCGGUGGCGUCCUAAUUAAAUGGGCAUAAAGGACCUCCUCAGAUUCAUGAAGCCAUACAUCGAGCCCAUUCACAUCAAGAAAUACGCGGGCAAACGUGUGGGUAUCGACGCCUAUUCAUGGCUGCACAGGGGAGCUUAUUCUUGUAGUAUGGAGAUUUGCCUUAAUUCUAAUGGUGAUAAGAAAUGGCGAUAUUUGGACUACUGUAUGCAUAGAAUCAAUCUGCUUCGUCAUUACAAGAUAGUCCCAGUUGUUGUUUUUGAUGGUGGGAAUGCUCCGUGCAAGGCAGUUACCGAGCAAGAGAGACACAGAAGAAGAGAGGCGAACAGGGAAUUAGCGAUGGAGAAGUUGAAGGAAGGGAAUGUUGGUGCUGCCUCUGAGCUUUUCCAGCGUGCAGUGAACAUUACUCCCUCCAUAGCAAAUCAACUUAUAAAGCUUCUUAGAGAACACAACAUUGAAUUUGUGGUAGCCCCUUAUGAGGCUGAUGCACAGUUGGCAUAUCUUUCCAGCCUUGGAGCACAAAACGGAGGAAUUGCAGCUGUGAUUACAGAGGAUAGUGACCUGAUUGCAUAUGGUUGUAAAGCUAUAAUCUUUAAGAUGGACCGAUACGGCAAUGGGGAAGAGAUGGUGCUAGAUAAGAUUUUUAACUCUGCAGACUGCACACCUUCCUUCAGAAAUUUUGAUAAUGAACUGCUCACGGGUAUGUGUGUCUUAGCUGGCUGUGAUUUUCUUCCAUCUGUUCCUGGAAUUGGCAUUGCAAAGGCUUAUGCCCUGGUCUCCAAGUAUCGGAAUUUGGAACGUGCUCUCUCUGUUUUGAAGCUUGAGAAAAAGAAACAAAUGCCUGAAGAUUACUUCAAACUUUUCAGACAAGCUAUGGCAGUCUUUCAGCAUGCACAAAUAUAUGAUACCGAAGCAAGGAAGCUUAGACACAUGAAACCUCUUUCCCCGGAGCUUCUGCAGGCCCUAGAUGAAGAAAUUGAUUUUUUGGGACCAGAUAUGCCUCCUUCAAUAGCCGUUUCAAUAGCCGAAGGAAGGUUAAACCCCAUAACUAUGGAGGCCUUUAACUAUUUCUCAAGUGAAGAAUGUCACCAAGACCUUAUACAAAUAAAAAAUAACGAAAGACUUCCAAGGACCGAGGCAGCUGAGGUAUCUGGGAAGGAGAGCUGUUUUACGGUCUUCGUCGUUAAGGACAGAGAAAGACAUAUCCCUGAUAAGAGAAUUAAACCCAUUGUAGGUGAUAAGAAUUCUAAAGAAUUGGCAAUUGAGAAGCUAAUUACACCGUUGAGUAUUCAGAGAACAAAUGAAGACAAAACCGUUCUCGACUACAAAUCAAUAAAGACUCCUGACAACAAUCCAUUCAAGAGAAGGAAAGCUGAUGAAUUGCAGUUGGAUCUAGCACAGAGUGUUGAUAAAGAAGUUUCAGUCAUAAGUGAAGAUAAAUACGAGGAACUAUCAUGUGAGACUCCAGAUAACUUAAUAUUAAAAUCUUCCAAAAAAAGAAAACAAAGCGAAGCUCUCUCUGAUCAAAUGGAUAAUGUUACUGAGCAUAUAUCGGGGAUAACCCAAGAGGAGGAUUUGCUGCUGUUAGAAUUGACACCAGAAUCCCAAAAGAGUGUGAGCUCAAAGACGAGCAGUGUCAUAGGUAGAAAAAGAGUUGUAGGCAAGGAGAACAAGAGAAAAAACAACUGUAACAGUACAGGGAUUCCAAAGAAUAGUAUAUUGAACUUUUUCUCUAGAGUAUGAUUAUGUAAAAUUCUGUCUUGAAAAUGCAUUCAGAAUUUUUGCCAGGGAAAUCUUGUGUUUUUGCAUUAAUCCACUUGGAGUGUAAUCUUACUGCAUGGAUUGACCAACAUGGAAAUCGUUUUAAAUAACGAUUGCAGAUUAUAAUGAUAUUGAUAAAGUAGAGGCAGU